CACAGCUGGAGUAGGGGGAGGCCUGGCUCUAGUGAAAGCGAGCUACUGGGGGGAAUGGGCGACGUUUGAUCGGGAAAAGGCAGUCUACAAACUGGAGAGACCUAUCUAAGAGAUGGACGACGGCAGUGCCUACAUAGAGUUUGACGUGCCGGAGUUUAGCAACACCGUCCUCAACCAGCUCAAUGAGUUGCGACUGCAGGGGAAGCUAUGUGACAUCAUCGUUCACAUCCAGGGCCAGCCGUUCCGUGCCCACAAGGCCGUGCUGGCGGCCAGCUCGCCGUACUUCCGCGACCACUCAGCCCUGGGCACCAUGAGUGGCUUGUCCAUCUCCGUCAUCAAGAACCCUGAGGUGUUUGAGCAGCUGCUGGCCUUCUGCUACACUGGCCGCAUGUCCCUGCAGCUUAAGGAUGUCGUCAGCUUCCUCACAGCAGCAAGCUUCCUGCAGAUGCAGGCCAUCAUCGACAAGUGCACCCAGAUCCUGGAGGGCAUCCACUCCAAGAUCAGCAUCCCCUCCAGCGCCACCAGCCCAGAAAAGGAGGGCUCCCAGGCCAGCCGUAACGGUGUCAAAGACAGCAGCCUCUUCAUCAACCCCACACAGAUCUCCCCCCCGUACUACUCCAGGCACAGCAUAGAGGCCCGCUCUGAGCUGGCAGCAGGGAAAGGCCAUGGUAGGGCGCGGUACCAGGAGGAGGGCCAGUCAGACCGUGGCAGCAGUGAUGGUGUGUCAGAGCAGGAGGCAGCCAUGGAGGGAGAGACAGAGCAGGUGGAGCUGAUUGGGAAGGACGGCCAGGUGACUGACGUGCAUGUGAAGCUGGAGAAGACAGACAGGCCCAGCUACUCGGACAGCUCCUCGGCAGGCGACGAUGGCUACCACACAGAGCUGGUGGAUGGAGAGCAGGUGCUGGCUGUCAGUGUUGGCUCCUACGGUCCCGUCAUCCAGCCGGCCGGCUACACUUACUCAGGCCUGUCGUCCCCCUGCUUCGUGAGCCUCAGCAGCUCCAGCCCCUCCCGCUCCAUGCUCAGUGGCUUCAGGGGCGGCCGGGCCAGAGCCAAGCGCCCCCCAGUGACCAUCCCAGCAGAGAUCCUGAGUCAGCUCAAACCAGGAAACACAGAGGACAGCAGUGAGGCAGUUUUGGGCCAAGCAGGUUUUGAGAACGAUGUGCGAGAGCGGAGCCUGCGCAGCCAGUGGUACCCCUACAACGAGAGGCUAAUCUGCAUCUACUGCGGCAAGUCCUUCAAUCAGAAGGGCAGCCUGGACCGCCACAUGCGCCUGCACAUGGGAAUCACACCCUUCGUCUGCAAGUUCUGCGGCAAGAAGUACACGCGCAAAGACCAGCUGGAGUACCACAUCCGUGGCCACACGGACAACAAGCCCUUCCACUGCCAGAUCUGUGGCAAGUGCUUCCCCUUCCAGGGGACCCUCAACCAGCACCUGAGGAAGAAGCACUUGGGGGCCUCAGAGGGCCCCAACCAUAUGGACUCUCCAGAGAGGACGGAGGGUAUCUCUGGUCAGAAAGACCCAGAGGAUGCCUCAGAGGGGAUGGCCUUUGAGACACAGUAUACUGAGGAGGCUCCGGCCAACAACAUGGAGGAGAGCUCAAAGUGCAGUCCUGAGGAAGCCGAGGCGUCCAGAAAUGAUUUUUAGGUCCUGGCUCUGGUUGAGGAAGCUUUAAGAUAUGUUCUUUAAACCUUUAGGAUUUGUUUUGGAACCGGCUCCUUCCAAUGUUGAACCUACAUUGUGCAUCCAAGUUUUCUGCCUGUCCAUCCAUUUUUGUGAAAGUCAACUGUUGCUUAAUGUAGAAGAAGAAAGGGGUGCUUUUUAAAAAUUAGAUGAUUUCAAAGGGAAGGGGUAUCAACUUGCUAUUGAUAAGGUGCCCUCAGUAAACAAGGCCUUUGUUUUCUCUU